AAAUUUUUUAACCUUUUAGGACGAAGGCCACUGCUUUGUUAAAGCCUGGCGUGCAAGGUGGUGCUGAGAACGGGGAACCUUCCCAAACUCAGAGGGGAGACUUUCUCUUCAAGUUCACAAACCAGGUGCUACAGGAUAAGAUUCACCACCAUGCUAUCCUCUAUCCUGUUUUGGGGACUUGUUGCUCUCAUUGGCACUUCUAGGGGCUCAUACCCUUUCACUCAGUCAAUGAGCCCUCACCUGCAUCCCCGCCUGUACCACGGCUGCUACGGUGAUAUCAUGACCAUGGAGACCUCUGGUGCUUCUUGUGAUAUAACCAGGUUGAUUAACUGUGGGAUCCGUGGUUCUGAAAUGUUUGCUGAGAUGGAUUUGAGGGCCUUAAAGCCUUACCAGAUUCUGAUCAAAGAAGUUGGGCUGAGGCAUUGUGUGGACCCUGCUCUCAUUGCAGCCAUCAUCUCCAGAGAAAGCCAUGGUGGAGCAGUCCUGCAAGAUGGCUGGGACCACAGAGGACUUAGAUUUGGUUUGAUGCAGCUUGAUAAAAAAAUUCAUCACCCUGUUGGUACCUGGGACAGCAAAGAACACCUAUUGCAGGCUGUUGGGAUUCUAACAGACAAAAUAAAGGCAAUCCAGAAAAAGUUCCCCACGUGGAGUGUGGCUCAACACCUCAAAGGUGGUCUCUCGGCCUUUAAGUCAGGAAUCGAUGCUAUUGCAAACCCAGUGGACAUAGACAAUGACUUGGUCAAUGAUCUUCUCGCCCGAGCUAAAUUCUAUAAAAGACAUGGCUUCUAGGCAAAGCUCUAUGGGUGGGCUGAGUUGGCAGGUAUUCAGAUGGCCCCCCUUUGAGAGUUUGAUAUGGAUGCGUUAUACCCAACACUGGCAAAGAAAUAGCUGCAAUUAUGACAGAAAAUUCAUAUCUCAGUUUUCUUAACGCAAAUAAGCAUUAAAAAAGAAAAGGAGGGGCGCCUGGUGGCUCAGUCGGUUGGGCGUCCGACUUUGGCUCAGGUCAUGAUCUCGCCGUCCAUGAGUUCGAGCCUCGAGUCGGGCUCUGUGCUGACAGCUCAGAGCCUGGAGCCUGUUUCCGAUUCUGUGUCUCCCUCUCUCUCUGACCUUCCCCAUUCAUGCUCUGUCUCUCUCUGUCUCAAAAAUGAAUAAACGUUAAAAAAAAUUAAAAAAAAAGAAAAGAAAAGGAAACCCACCCAGUUCAUAGUAUAGUUCCCAUGAAACGCACAUAGACAUAUGCAUAAUUAUUUUAAGUGUGAAUAUCAUGGUGACUGACAUCUACAUAUUCCAGUGAGGUCUUAUUUUAUCCCAUGAUUUCAAUGGGAUAAACUGACCCUUGUUUUACUGGAAUUGUUAACAAGAGAGCCUGAUCUGAGCUUUUGUCUUUCUCCAAGUAUCUGUCUAAGCCACCAGGGUGUGAUUGUGAGAUAUGCCUACUCAUAAGCCAGUCAACCUGUGGGACAAUGGAGAAGCUAGAGAUGGAAUUCUAGCUUCACAAGUAACUGAGAGCUGACUGUGGUAAAGCUGAUCUGAAAGUGAUAUACUCCACAUCCCUGACUCACAUCAAGCUUCUUUGUCUUCUUCCUCUUAUUUGCUGAAAAUCCAGGGACUGGCUUCUUAUUUCAAUAACUCCUGCCACACACUUGUUGAACAAGUCCACUUCCCACAAAACAUGACUGAAGAUAAGCAUAUAGGACCUGACUGAGUUAUGGUUCUUUAGUUGUAAGCAAAGGUAACCAAUUCUGGAAAAUUUAAGGAAUGAAUGGCUAUUAUGAGAAGGACAUCAAAAGGCUCCCAGAAACAACAAGGUCAAGGACAUGAACAGAAACCAGGCAACUCUGGGCAGCAGGAACCAGUUGACCAUAGUUGAUAGCAUUCCCACUGCAUGAAUAGAUUAGCAUUCUCCCUACAUAAAUAGACUCCAGAGACUUUCUCUCCCAUCCUUUCAUCAUUUUGCUUCACUUUCAUAGUCCCAGGAGAGAGGCUCUGACGGGCUUAUCUUGGGGCAUCUACAUACCUAUGCCUUGGCUACUUUGCUCUUUGGUCUUGCGCAAGCAAUCCGUGAUGGAAAAGAGUUCUCUAGAAUGAAACUUGGUGCAGUUUGUGGCUUUCCUUACAUACUCAGGAGAGGACACAAAUAAUAAUGUUGGAGUGUAAAUCCCUCAAAGUCCCUGCCAACAUGGCUCCUGCUUGGCCUUUAGCUUCCUUUGGGAAUAUUUGAUAAAAGUUUCUACUCAUUAUUUCUCUUUCUGAGGAGGAAUAAAAAUUAAACCCACCUACACUCCAGUGCACCCGGAAAAAGCCAAGUAAACCAUUCUGCCCAACAACCUCUCAACCCAGUCUAAAGAUCUGACCAAGGCAGAACCGGGUCCCUUGUGUUUCACUGGGCAGAGCCAAUGGUCAUCUAGUAUGGCAGCCAUGCAGCAUACAGUCCAUCUUUUAUGAUUGGUGGAGGACCAUACUGUACCAGUUGUUAAAUAUUUUGAUUAUCAUCCCUAGAUGUGGGCAAUCCAGAAUGUUCUUUAGAUGUUCCCUUUGCUCAAGAAUGAUUUUUUCUGGACUUUCCUCCACAAGCAUGUACUCCACCUAAUUGCCAGCCCCUUCACUAUUACUACUAAGCAAUAAAGUACAUCUAGGUGAGAUAAUUUCCAGGCAAUUUGAAAAAUAAGAAAUAGUAUGCUGAAUUAGACUCUGAAUUGAUCCCCCCAGUAUUCUCUUUAUGACUGGGAUACCAAGAGAUGUUCUAUAGGAGAGUCCAUAUUUAAGGUGUCUUAGUUUGGUUCCCACCUGAGACAAAGGAUUCAGAUCCAGGUAGCUUAUCUGAGAGGUGCAGAGAAUACUGGUGUGAAGUGGCUUGGUGAUACAGGGAAGGGAGAAAAGCCUGAAGUGUCAUGAAGCCAGCUACCAUGGUGCAUACUGGGACUCUACCUUCCAAGCACACCUCAAGGAAUGUACAACACACAGUUUAGAAUUAUUCUACCCAAAGGACAAGGGGCUGGGGUGUUUAUAUACAAUUUUUCAGUCACUGAUUGAGGGAUUUUUCUGUUGGGGGCCAAGGGAGGGCAUGUUAAUUCUUUGCUCCUCUGGUCUGCCAUGCAAGUAGGCAGCACACUUUUCUGCAGUUCCAAGGAAAAGAGAUUGUAGGCAUAGAGAUGCAGAUACUGGCAGAUGGAAAUCACCUGAGAAUCCUGAACUAUCUAGGGAUAUGGGAAAGGCACUGGCAGCAUCUACUUCACAGAUUAGAGAUACGUGGGGGUUGGAAAAAUCCCUCCAACACUGUUUGCUUUCCUCCAUAACCUAACAACAUAGUAAGAACAAUAUAAAAUAAACAUAAGCCUCAUUAUGCCUCAUGAUUUCCAUGUCAAGAUUUUCCAUAAUCUAUUACAAUUACUAAUUAGAUAUAAUAAACUGUCCCACUCUAUUUUUUUCCUGUUGAUACUGAGAACAAUAUUAGAGAUGUUAGACUCAAAUGUGGCUCCAUUAAAUAUUCUUUCAGUCAUCCUCAA